GUUGUGGUGGAUUGUACAACAAGACGACCAAGAUUGUUUUAUUUCUAAAGGGAUCCAAAGAAAUAAAAUAAAAAUCAUAUACAGCAAAUACGAUUGUUGAUAAAAAAGGGCAAAAGACGUCAGUCUUGUCAACACAAACAAUCCGAACGGAGCGGGCGUCCAAGCUGGACUGAAGUCUUCGUUUAAAAGUAGAAAGUCCGCCGUGUUGGUUUUUGUGAUCAACUCGCCCCCAUGAUGACUCAUCUGCACGCCGGCCUGAGCUCCGAGACGACGGAGAAGGCUCGACUGGAGCUGAACGAAAACCCCGACACCCUUCAUCAGGACAUCCAGCAGGUUCGGGACAUGAUCGUGACGCGGCCGGACAUCGGGUUCCUCCGGACGGACGACGACUUCAUCCUCCGCUUCCUCAGAGCCAGAAAGUUCGACCAGGUGGAGACCUUCCGGCUGCUGGCUCAGUACUUCCAGUUCCGACAGCAGAACCUGGACAUGUUCCAGAGCUUCAAGGUGGACGACCCCGGCAUAAAGCGAGCGCUGAUGGACGGGUUCCCCGGAGUCCUGGAGACGCCCGACCAGCACGGCCGGAAGAUCCUCAUCCUGUUCGCCUCCAACUGGGACCAGAGCAGGAACUCCUUCACGGACAUCCUGCGGGCCAUCCUCCUCUCCCUGGAGGUGCUGAUAGAGAACCCCGAGCUGCAGAUCAACGGAUUCAUUCUGAUCAUCGACUGGAGCAACUUCUCCUUCAAACAGGCCUCCAAGCUGACGCCCAACAUCCUGAAGCUGGCCAUCGAAGGCCUGCAGGACAGUUUCCCGGCCCGGUUUGGAGGAAUCCACUUUGUGAACCAGCCCUGGUACAUUCACGCCAUGUACACCAUCAUCAAGCCGUUCCUCAAGGACAAGACCAGGAAACGGAUCUUCCUGCACGGGAACAACCUGAACUCUCUGCACCAGCUCAUCCAGCCGGAGUGUCUUCCCUCGGAGUUCGGCGGGACGCUGCCGCCCUACGACAUGGGGAUCUGGGCCCGGACGCUGCUGGGGCCCGACUACAACGACGAGACGGAGUACACCCUGACCUACGACGCCCUGCACGUCCGCCACCACUCAGGAGGAGGAGGAGGAGGAGGAGACAAGGACAUGAUGAAGAGGUCCCAGUCGGCGGUGGAGCCAGGAACCCUGCGACAGACGGACCGAGAGACCAGCACACCGCUGCUCGCUCUGGACUGAAUGCUCUCUCUCUCUCUCACACACACACACACACACACACACACACACACACACAC